AUGUCGACAUCAGUGAAGCAUCGCGAAUUUAUCGGUGAGCCCAUGGCCGAGAAAGAAGUCACCGCUAUAGCUGGAAUCGGACCUACAUAUGGUGCUAAACUUGCCGAAGUUGGAUUCGAUAAAGCUUACAUUCUGUUCGGACAGUUCUUACUUCUUAAGAAAGAUGAAGAUUUGUUUACGGAAUGGUUGAAGGAUACAGCUGGAGUAUCUUCAAAUCAUGCGAAGAGUGCCUACAAUUGUCUCAAUGCUUGGGCCGAGCAAUUUAUCUGA